AGGCAAUACACCAUCGUGAAGCGCAAUCUGAUGUUGGCGCUCGUCCCAACAUUGACCGCAGUGCCUGUAGCAAUGGCAGUGAACAUUUUAACUUACAACAACCAAAUAAAAGUCACCCACAAUCCCAAAGUCAGGCAAUACACCAUCGUGGAGCACAAUCUGAUGUUGGCGCUCGUCCCAACAUUGACCACUAUGCCCAUGACAACACGGUGCUCCAAUCAGAUCACUGCAGCUCUAGUGAUGGAAACGGUGUUCACUCCCUAAAUGAAAGACCCUCUGGAAUAUCAUUUACAGAUGAUUCUGGUGCAGUGAACCAUGCAACCAGUCUCCCACCAACUUCUAACUCUGUCAAUGCGGGGAAGAAAAAAUUACUGAAGCGAAAAAAGGACAAAAAGAGAUGCC